AUGGGAAACUGUUUAAGGCGUCAAUCUGGGUCGUCGGUGGUCUGGGCCGGGGAUGAUUGGGGUUCUCUGACGUCGAAGAACUCUUUUGAAGAUGAUGAUGAUGACAAUGCAUGCAACGUGGAAAGGCAUAGGCUGCUGGGAGUUGAAACGGGAGCGUUUUCUUUGUCUUCCUCUUCUACCAAUACCAGCACUGCAGGAACAAGAGAGGUGAAGAUCACGAUUACAAAAAAGGAGCUGGAGGAGUUGGUAGGAAGAGCUGACAUGCAAGGGUUGUCUACGAAACAAAUUCUGUCUCGUUUGAUGGACUCUGCUGAUAGAUAUGAUGAGCAUCAACGGCCGUGGAGGCCUGCCCUGCAAAGUAUUCCCGAGGUCAAUUAGCCGUCAUCACCAAGGUUAAUUAAUUGGAAUAUAUGUCAUUGUAUAUAGGGAUAGAGGUGCCCGAAUUGUUAAAAAAGCUUUUAUUACAUGUGAAUUUUAUAGAUAUUUUCUCACAUUUUUUGGUCGAGAUUGAAAAUUAGUGAGGACAUGGAUCGUGUUAUGUAGAAGUUGGAAUGUAAAUCCUUUAUGUACAUAUU